AUGGCUUCUGACCCGUACGGCAGCCCCGACGAUGGGCUGGAGUUGGAGCGAAUCGCCGUCGGACCCUACUGCGUGUUUGACGACUUCAGACUCCCUCCCAGUCCCGCGCCCAUCGAUCCGCCUGUCCCCGACGAGGACCGGCACACGGCCAAGAUGGAAGAUCCCCUGCUCUCGAGCGACUUCCCCUUUGCCAGCAUGCGCGCUCCGUGGCUCACCACCGCCGGCGACGACAUGACGCUCACGGCUCCCGCUGACGACAUGACCAACUGGAACGAGUGGAUGCAGUACGAUCCCGCCCAAGCGUCUCAGAACACCCAGAAUGUCGACCCCAAGCCCGCGAAUCCGCAGGGGCCUGCCGCAUAUCUCAGCCCCGAUCAGCAAACCUCGCCCCAUUCCCUCUCCCACCAACAGUCCCAACCGCUGCAGUCCAGCACCGUACCCACGACCGCUCCCAUGUUUUCCCACGCACAUGCUGUCCCCUUCACCUUUGGCCAGGCCGCCGACGUACCUCCGGCCUUUGACUUCAAUGGCAAUGCCAUGAGCUCCCCGCUUACCGCUGACAUGCAGCAACAAAACGCCUUUUAUGCCUCUCACCAAUGGCAGCAGCAACAGCAACAGCAACACCAGCAGCAACAACUAGCUGACAACGCUCUCUUCUCGCCCACGCAGUACGACCAGAACGGCUUCGUCGCACCACAACCACCAGCCUCGACGCCCAGUCUCCACCAUAGCCCAAACUCUCUGAGCAACGGACGAGCCAGCUCAACCUCGUCGCAUUCGUCACCAGAGCCUGUCACGACCAAUGUACGAAAGAGGAAGUCACUGGCUGACUCCGAGGAGCUCGACGACGAUGCGCCCUCAAGUAAGAAGGGAGGACCACCCAAGAAGACUGCACACAACAUGAUUGAGAAGCGCUAUCGGACCAAUCUCAACGACAAGAUUGCUGCUCUUCGCGAUAGUGUACCCAGUCUUCGCGUCAUGUCACGGCCGAACGGUACCGAAGAAGACGAUGACCCCGAGGAUCUUGAAGGUCUCACACCCGCACACAAGCUCAACAAAGCCACUGUACUCUCCAAGGCCACAGAGUAUAUCCGACAUCUGGAAAAGCGCAACAAACGUCUACAAGAUGAGGUCAACACCUUGAAAGGACGGGUAGAGAGCUACGAAAAGAUGGCCAUAUCGGGUCCCAUAACCUUACAUGGCACUGUGGGCACACCUGAUGGCUCAAGAUUCCAUAAAGAUCCUUUCACGCCCACACACGGCAUGCCAAUGUCGGGACCGCCACAAGGAAUGAUUCCAGUUCCUGACAACAUAAGUGCUCUCCAGCGCGGUCUCCCACCACAACAGCACUAUGCACCUGCAUACCCGCCAGGAUACGGCGGUCGCCCAGCAGUUGCCGCGCCCAUGGUCAACGGCCGGCGCAAUGGUGCCAUGAUGGGCAAGCUCAUGGUCGGAUCUCUCGCGGGCCUGAUGAUACUUGAAGGACUCGUAGAGCGGGAGCAGUCGCAAGAAGAGCCAGCUGGUCGUGGUCUCUUCGCUCUGCCCGUCAACCUCGCUAGCAUUCUUGCUCCUCGCGUUUCUCUAGGCGUAUCCACAGCUCAGAUCCCCAUGGCCAAGCUUCUUUUAGUCUUCUUUGCUUUCUUCUACCUUGCUGCACCAUUGCUCGACUUCAGAUCGAAACCGAAGAAGAAGUCACCUCCAGCUAUCCUCUUGACACCCGCACCGUCAUUGGCCUCACCUGUAGAAGUACGUCGCAAGGCAUGGCUCACUGCAAUUCAAACUGUCUGGGUUCCACAACACAAUUUCAUCUUAGAGCUUGCUGCCUUGGGCUUGAAAACACUUAAGCUCAGCAUGCGUAGGCUUGUUGGCUGGGAGGGAUAUGCAUAUCUUACUGGCAUUACCAAAGAACAAGAGGCAGCUCGUGUCAAAGCCUGGGAAAUUGCCUUGGAUGCUCAGCUUACAGGCGGCGACGCUGAGAUCAGCAAGAGCCGUUUGGUACUUACCUUGAUCGCCUCUGGCACCCUACCAGAUACACCAGCAAGGCUCAUGCUCAAGGCUUUGCAUCUUCGAAUCGUGCUUUGGGAACUUGGAAACGCAGGUCAUGGCUCGUGGUGGUUACUCAACGACCUGAGCGCAAAACUGGCACGAAGCUACUGGAACAUGGCGCGAAGCGAGCACCGUAUUGCUACCAACAUGUCGAAACAGAACAGCGAAGCUCAGCCGUUACCAGAACAUCUCGCAGCACUCAUUGAGAGGGAGUGCGACGAUGUGCUUGUUCCUGCGGUUGUGCAGCGGGCAUACAACCUGGCUUGGAAUAAGCCAAGCGCAGAACAGACAGUCGUAGAUACCUCCAUGGAUGCUGUUGUCGAGGACUUCGCCAUCUGCUCGCCUUUGGAUGCUCUUGCCGCCUGGUACUCUAGCCUUGUACUGAACAAAGGACUUGCAGCCACGCUUGGUGCGAAAAACAGCUCGUCCAAGGACAAUGUCGUUACCGACCUAGCACUUGCUCUCCAAGCUGCCCCUCCCAAUUCACAAGCUCAGCUACAUGCUGGCUUCAUCAAUAUCGUCGGCAAUGGCUUCGUCGCAAUCGAUGUGCGCAAAGCACUUACUUUGGCCAAGUGCCUCUCUCUGGCCGCCUCCUCAAAUCCCGAAGCCCGCCGCCGCGCCAUCUUCGUCGUCAACAACACGUAUCUUCCCGAAUGCACAACUACACUCCUCAGUUUUGUCGCUGGUCACAAAGUUCUCACGCAAUUUAUGGCUGACGAAAAAUUGAAGAAGGAGACUAGCUGCGGUCUAGAGCGCACUGCUAGCUCCCUUCGCAUGUGGAUCGGUCACGACACUGGUAAGAGGAGCGGACUGAGCAACAAGGUUCGAUGUAAGAUUGUGAAUAGCUGCCUUGAUGCGAGCAAGACUUUAGUUGGAUUGGGAGAGAAGAAGAAGAAAAAGGAGGAGUCGGAUGUGGACGACGGCUACGUCAGUGCCAGUGUCAAGGACGAUUGA